AUGUCUAGUUCGUCCAACACGACAUUGAGUCUUCUGCGCUUAAACGGACGCGGCUGCCGCUCGUCUUGGGCUGAGUCUCCGCUCAAAGGUGCAGCAGUCGCUAGUUUUGAUCAGUACACUUCUACACGCUCUUUCCGCCGCAGCGUCUUCCUAUUUGAAAAGUUGCAAUAUCCAAGCAUACCUCGCCGUUUACACGAACCAUUUGUUCAUAGCGGGAAAAAUAGGAAAGAGGUGGCGUCGUACCCUGUUUUAGCAGUCAUAGAUCUCAAAUUCGUGGCUGGACCAGAUUUGAGAGCUAUGACUGCCAAAACUUUUAACUUUGAAAAAUUUUAUCGAGAAGAUUUUCAGAUUGCUCAUUUUUACAAUACAAUUGAGCAACAGAUGCUACCCUCUCAGCAAGCAAUGAUGCUUGAGGAUGCAUUAGCAUUUGAGAGGCUCAUCAUACCAGAGAAAAGGGGAAAACGCUCUAUUUCGUCCGUUACUUGGGACGAUCCGAAAAAAUUAGAAGCAAUGUUAAGAAAGGCUCACUUUGAAAUAACUGCAAUGGUUCUAAAGCUGAUGGAUACAGACCUUUUCAAGGAGAUGACAAAGUGGAAGGACGUCUUGGUUGAUAUGAGAACUAAAAUUGCUGAGCAAGAACAAUAUGGUGGGAAUAAAAGAAACAUGAGGCCAUGGUUGCUGUAUUGGGAUAAGCAGUUGUACAAGGCAUUACGAAUACAGUACCAAUGGGGUAUAGAAAGCCUUCAUGUGCAGAUACCAACUAUACAGGCCCAAUUAGUGUUCAAAGAACGGCGCAUUCAACUUCGGCCUCCAAUUGAAGAAAUUCGCGCAAAGUACUACCAUGAACUUAAAAGGUUCCUUACCAUCCCAUAUAAAUUUCGGGGUGUUCAGGAUACAGAACAGGUAAACAAAAUGUUCGCGAAACUUGGGGAGACCAAUGUAGCUCGAUUCUACAAUCUCUACGAGAAGGCUGAGCAGCUGUUUUUAAAACUUUCGACUAUUGGCAUCAAUUUUGAGGAAUGGAUUGUUCUGGAAGAAAUUGAUCUGGAAGCGCUUAUUGAGGAGAAAUUUACCAAAGCUGAAGAUUGGGAAAAUCAAAUUAAAGCCUUAAAGGGAAAAGGUCGAGAUGCAGAAAAGCUUCCAAGCGAAGUGAAACUGGAGUGUAUUGUGGUAUCCACUCAGCCCAUUCGCGCUGCCAUCGACGACAUGUUACAGCGUUUGUAUGAUACUCUGGUCUGGACUUUAAGAUAUUCGACCAGUGUGCAAGUACAGGUAUUGUCUCGUUUUUUAACGGAAGCAAUAGCUAUUUUAAGCAGUAGGCCACAAUCUAUGGAAGAUGUUGCGAAAGUUAAUCAAAAGCACUUCGAGUUUGCGAAUGCAAGCCGCAAGAUGCAUAAUUUGUUGGAAACAGUGCAAGAAAAGAAUUCGCUAUUGCGUUCUAUAGCUGGCAGUGGAAAUGAACAGUUACCACAUGUAAUACAGGACUGGGAAAAAUUUGAACUCAUGUUUGACAGCCACCAGUUGAUGAUUAAAGACCAAGUUGGAUAUUUGAGGGCGGAAAUUAAAAAGAAAACAAAAGCAUUGAGCGAUGAGUCGGAGAAGUUAGUCGCUCGUUGGAAUCAUUUUAAGCCCAAACCUGAACGGCUUGGAGAAGAUCCAAAAGCAAUGGUGGAAGCGGUUGAGGUCAUUAAAGAGAAUCGAAUUCUGUUUAACGAUUUGUGGGAAAGAAUACAAACCCUAAGAAGCGAAUGUAUUGAACUCAACAUGGAUGAGCCACUUUUUCCUACACUUGAAGUCAUGAAUUCUGAUUUGGAAAAUUUUGAGCAAGUAUGGCUCUUAUAUGAACAGUUCAGUAAUGAUAUUGCAAUGCUAGGUCGAGAGGAAUGGGUUGUCUUCAGAACGAAAAUAUAUGUUUUUGACGAACUGUUGAUGACUUGGAAAGAAAGGCUUAGAAAACUGCCUCCAAGCGGUAUAACAGUAAAGAUUGACAAGGAAAUUGAUAAUUACAUGGGAAGCACUGCGGCCUCAAGUGGCCUAAAAUGCUGUCGUGACGAAGCACUGACCGCUGAUCAUUGGGCGGAGAUCUUCCGAUUGUUAAACCUUCCAAAAGGAAUUACGUUUAAAAACCUGAAAUUUUAUGAUCUUUUGUCUGCCCAUCUGAACAUUUCUGAAAAUGCAGAAACGUUGAAGAAUAUAAGUUCACGAGCUCGAAGCGAAACUACUAUACGAGAAGCGAUUCAAGAGCUUGAACUUUGGGCUGCUCAGGCAGAAUUUUCAAUGACCGACUAUAAGUGCACGGAUGGCCGAACAUUGAAAAUCAUAAAAGAUUGGAAGGAUGCGAUUAAUUCGGUAGCUAUUUGUCUUCGUUUACUUCUUUUCAGUUCUCCUAUCGUGGUGAAAGAUAAUCGGGCACUUUUGCAGUCACUGAAAAGUUCUUCGUAUUAUGCACAAUUUAGUGAAAAAACUUCGGUUUGGGAAACCAGGUUAAUGAACGUUGAACAGUAUGUUGAGCAGAUGAAUGAAAUACAACGUAAAUGGGUUUACCUUGAGCCUAUAUUCAGCCGUGACUCUGUGCCUUCUGAAACAUCGCGCUUCGCUCGCGUUGACGUUGAGUUCCGCUCAAUUCUUGAAGAAAUAGUACGUGACACCAGAUUAGUAAGUCUUUGCUCUCGAAACAGUCUUCAGUAUCGGUUGGAUCAAAUUACUGAACAGUUGAGUCGUUGUCAUCGCGCUCUUAAUAGUUUUUUGGAGGAAAAACGGGACGCUUUUCCUCGGUUCUACUUUAUUGGUGAUGACGAUCUUCUUGAAAUUUUAGGACAGUCUACUAAUCCAAAUGUCAUUCAGACACACCUCAAAAAACUUUUUCAAGGUAUAAAUAAGGUUGUUUUCAAUGAAAGCAAUGAAGUUAUAACAGCAGUAAUGUCUGCCGAUGGUGAAGUUGUCGAACUAAAAGAUUGCGUUAAAGUACUUCAGAACGUUGAGAUACCAAUUUUACUAAAGUUCUACUUUGAAACUGUUUUGAAGGAAUGGUUGCAAGAUUUGGUAGAUUCAGUGAAAACUACUCUGAAAGCACUAGUGCUUGAGUGCUUAAGUGAAACAGAGCUGGCCCUUAGCAGAUACCCAACUCAGGUUCUUUGUUUGGUUGAGCAGAUAAAGUUUUGUCAUAACUGCGAAAAUUGUUUGGGAAAUCAAGAGAAAUUGAAUGCAUAUCGUAGAGCUUUGGAUACAGACCUGAACGUCUACAAUAGAAUGCAAGCGAAAAAAAAGACUUAUGAAACCAAAUUAAAAUCACUUAUACUCGAUAAAAUUCAUCAGAUUAGCAUCGUCGAUGAAAUUUUAAAAGUGGAUGCAAACGUUAUAAAUGCCUGGAUAUGGCAAAAGCAGCUUCGUUUCUAUCGUGAAUCAAAAAGCGGGAAUGUAGUUGUUCGUCAGCUCAGCUUCGAAUUCGCUUACACAUAUGAGUAUCAAGGUAACCCGUCAGGUAUUGUUCGAACUCCGUUAACCGACAAAUGCUACCUUAAUUUGACACAAGCGAUGGGGAUGGGGCUAGGAGGUAAUCCGUAUGGGCCAGCAGGAACUGGAAAGACUGAAUCAGUGAAAGCACUUGGUGGUAUGUUUGGCAGACAAGUUCUCGUAUUCAACUGUGAUGAGGGUAUUGAUUCGAAGUCCAUGAACAGAAUAUUUACCGGUUUAGUGCAGUGUGGCGCAUGGGGUUGUUUAGACGAAUUUAAUCGUCUUCAAAAGGCUGUUUUAUCUGCUGUUUCAACCCAAAUACAAGCUAUACAAGAUGCUAUAAGAACUCAAAAUGGUAAAUGCAUACUUAACGGGAAGGAGGUAGCCGUUAAUGUAAAUUCUGCUAUAUUCAUUACUAUGAAUCCUGUCAGCAAGGGUUACGGUGGCAGGCAAGAGCUGCCCAAUAAUUUGAAGCAGCUUUUUAGGCCAGUUGUUAUGACUGCACCUGACCAUCAAAUGAUUGUGGAAAUGCUUCUGUACUCAAAAGGAUUUAAAGAUGCUGAUCAAAUGGCAAAGAAAUUAACGACUGUGUUCAGACUGAGCAGGGAAAUGUUGAGUAUGCAGCAUCAUUAUGAUUGGGGGCUUAGAGCUGUUAGGGCAGUGCUUCAGUCUUGCGAUGAAGUGAUAAUGUCGUCAGACGUCAGUAGCUUAGCUCGUAUUGUUGUUCAUGCUUUGUCGUUAAAUACUCAGUCAAAGUUAACAUUUGCCGAUUCAAUUCGAUUUAACGCUUUGGUCAGAGAUAUAUUUCCAGAGCUAGGUGACCAGUCAAGCGAGAUUUCUGAGCUGUAUGAAAUACUGCCAAAGUGCAUCGAAGAGAUGAAACUGGAAGUUCUGGAUUCCCAAGUAAAAAAGGUAGUCGAACUGUACGAACAACUACGACAACGUAUGGGAGUGGUGAUUAUCGGCCCUAGUGGAGCUGGCAAGUCAACUAUAUGGAAAAUACUUCAUAAAACUUUGGAAGUGUCAGGGAGAACCAUUACACUGUUCACCUUCAAUCCAAAAUCUAUGCCUCGCAAAAAGCUAUUGGGUCAUAUGGAUAGCGAUACAAGAGAAUGGUUUGAUGGAGUAAUUACGUCUGCAAUACGCCUGGCUGUGAAAGAUUCAAGUAAGCUGGCAUGGAUCGUAUGUGAUGGUGAUAUAGAUCCAGAAUGGAUUGAAGCUUUGAACUCUGUUCUAGACGAUAACAAAAUUCUGACAAUGCCGUCUGGAGAAAGAAUUCAAAUUGGUAAAAACGUUAAUUUUCUGUUUGAAACAGACAGUUUGAAAAGUGCAUCGCCCGCAACUAUUUCAAGAAUGGGAGUGCUGUAUGUGAGUGAAGAAAUUGUGAGUACGGAGUGUUUGGUUAAUUGCUGGCUAAAGAACAACAACCAGUCUACUGGAGAUUUAUCUGUCUGGGUUAAAAACCACCUUUAUAGGUUAACUGUGACAAUUCUUCUUCUCUAA